AUGGUUCAUGCUGAUGCGGCUGCGUUGCCGUCGUACGUGCAGAGCAAGGCCGACUUUUACGACCACCUCGAGUCGUCGCUGUUGGGGCUCGUGGAUGCGUCCACGGACUGGGUUUCGUCGCUCUCCAAUGCGGCCUCGCUGAUCUAUGCGUCGAUGAACCGGUUCCAUGCGUGGGAGGCCAAGCGCAUCAACUGGGCUGGCUUCUACCUGCUCUCGCCGCUCAUGCCGUCGGAGCUCGCAGCACGCCGCCCGCGCAAGCAACCCACGCUUCUGCUUGGACCGUUCAACGGCCUGCCUGCGUGUCAGCUCAUCCACUCUGUUCCAGGUCGCGGCGUGUGUGCAGAUGCCUCCGCACUGCUGCCUCCUCGCGUGGUCAGGGUCGAUGAUACAGAGGCCUAUCCCGGACAUAUCGCUUGCGACUCGCUCAGCAGGUCCGAAAUCGUCGUGCCCCUCGUCAUCCCCCGCUCCCGCCUCGCUGCACCCCAUCGACAGGCACUCGAACAACAGUCACCCAUGAACAACGCGCAUCCACAGACCGCAGACGACAAGUCCUGGGCCGGAAGAGGCAACGACGAAAAUGUCAUCAUCGGCGUGCUCGACAUCGACUGCGAAUCGCUCAACGGCUUCGACGCAGAGGACGAAGCGAGGCUCAACAAGAUCGCCCACCUCCUCGUCGAGCGGUCCGCCUGGUAG